AUGAAGGAAGCACGUGCAACUCAGAAGCAACAAGAGAAGGAAAAACAACAAGAGAAAGCUAAGAAACGAGAGCUAUAUGAACUCAAAGCUGCAAAUAAGCUUCUCAAAAUACGACAGGCAGAGGAGAGGCGUGUAGAGCGAGAUAGGAUAAAGGAGGUAAAGAUGCAGGAGGAGGUUGCAAAAGCAGCUGAAAAACAGUGCGAAAAAGAAGAGAAAGACCGCCAAAAAGCUCUCCAAAUUACCCAAAAAGGUAAGCGCAAAGCUUCAAGAGCUCCAGCUCCAAAGAAGAAGCGUCAAAAAACAUCUAGUGGUGGUGCAGCAUUUGUAGAAGCAUCAGCCCCUACAUUAGCACCACCAGUGCGGACGACCUCACGUGGCCGCAACGUUCACCUUCCAGCAAAAUUUAAGUAG